CGCUGCUCCCUCCAACUUCACUCACCUUCUUUUCGAUAUGGCUUGUCACAGCGGCCGCCACCAGGGCCUCCGAUUCAAGAUCCUCGGGUUCUCUGCGUCGAUCUGCACGACCUACAAGUCUCAGAUGACUUGAGACGUCUAAGUCAUCUCAUUAAACGUAUAUCAGGCCCUUCCUCUGGCCGUGCUGCACUACCCCAUAGCCACCAUGCCUGCAGACAAUCUAGUCGACAUGGCCCGGCGGGCAUGCGCACGCUAUAGUGCAAGGAUCACAGACAUCGGCGACCUAGACUACGAACUCAUCCGUUCGGUCCUCCUGAAGAUCGAAAGCCCAGAAAAACUACACCAACUGGAACAAGCCUCACCCCAGAUCAUAGGCAAAGACGCAGAGAUCUGGAUGAACUUCAUCAAGCGCGACAUUCCGGAUUGGCAGCAGAAGCGACAUGAACCAAACGACCCCAAGAACUGGUGGAAAGUGUACCGCAAACUCAAGGAGGAAGCACAGAUGGACUCGACCGCCGAUGAAGCCAUGCUUAAGGCCGCGCUAGCCAACAUCAAGAACGAGAAGGAGCUAAAUACCACGCAGAUAGCGUCGAAGAUGCCCGUCCCAGGCGUCUCCAGACGCACACGCCCCCUGUACAACUAUAUCAGUGGCCGGACAGGGAGCAAAGGCGCCAAUAAGAUGACUUUGAUGGAGAAGAUCCGCAAGGAGGCCCGCGACGCAAAGGCCUCGAAGAUGAAUAAACCGAUGCACGAACUGCAGAAGAGAGCGACGCCCGUGACGCAAGCACCGCAACGGUUUGUCGAGGAGUUGAAACAGAAGUCUACACCAAGAUCAACACCACCUCCUGGCCCCACGGCACGAACCUCGCGUCCACCGCUACACGCCCCCAGGAAGAUCAGCCGUCCAGAAGUCUCAUCAUACGACCUUACACAGGACCGGGAGGCAAGACUCCGCGCGUUGAAGAGCGGCCGCCCAAUGGAAUCGAAUCCUCGUGCCACACCAACGAGCAACGGGACCCUAACGACGAAUUUCCUGGAAGACUCCGAUCUAGAUGAUGUCGAGGACGACGUUGCCCCGGCGCCGCGGGACCAGGACCUGCUGAAAGUCAACGACGAUCGAUCGCGGUCAGCCAGUCCUAUGAAAUUACAGCCGAACCCUUUGAAGAGGAAACAGGCUCCAUCACUUUUCAUGUCAUCCCCAAAACGGGUCGUCAAAGCACCUGGUGUAUCCUGAAGAGUUAACGAAUAUCUUACCUAUUUUAUUUUGUAUCGAAGCAAAUCAUCUGGAUUGAGAAAGUCCGUCGUGACAGGGGACAGCAUUUUGGCA